AUGUCACAUGGUGCAACGCGUGAUUUAGACCGGCUGUUGAGAGGCGCAUUGUUGCGUGAUGAAGAGACGGAAGAAACCGAGCGCGACAUCAAGAGAGCGUCAGAGGCACUAACAAACGUUUGGCUUCUUCUGAAGGAUAAAAACUUGGAUUGCAAGGAUUGUGUGUGUGAAUGGAAACGCGUCGUACAGAGCGCUCUUUCUGACGACUUUUCCCUCCUUGUAAAGGCGGACUGUAUCGAUAAGCGUAUUGCUGUCGACCUGGUUGCGUCGUGGCUUAUCUAUUUCCCUCUGUGUCGAUGGAUUAUUGAAGUUUGUCGGCAGAGAAUGACUGAGGGAUGUCGCACUCUGGUUGGAGUUGGGGGUUCAGCUGCUGCUGGGAAGACGACGUUGUGUUGUGUUUUGAGAGCGUUUUUGAACUGUAUGUUUGUGGAUUGUCUUGAGUGCGAGGUAGUGGGUAUGGAUGCGUUCCAUUUGAGGAAUGAAAGUUUGGUGAGGAUGGGACUGAGACACUUGAAGGGGAGGCCAAACACAUUUGAUGUUGAGUCACUUGCGAAAGCUGCAAUCCAAUUAAAGUCUCUACACAAUUCACCAGUCACUCUUCCUGUUUAUGAUCGGAAUUUGCACAAUCCAAGAUCCAAUGGAGUCACCAUAGACAAUCAUUGUCCGGUUGUGCUGAUCGAAGGUCUAUUUGUUCUUUGUAAUGAGGCAGGUUUUGAAGCUGUUUGGAGCCAACUAGACUGCAAGAUAUUUUUACAAAUAUCUCAUGAGCUGUGUGAACGGCGUUCAGUUGAAAGAAAAGCAACGGGGAAUAGAAUUAUUAAAGAAGAAGCUCUGGUGCAUUUUCACACUGUGGAUGAACCAAACUUUUAUCUCAUCGAGGAGUCAAGCAAAGGUACAGAUGUUGUGCUUGAAAUUGGAGAGUGCUAUGAAAUAACAAGUGCCAAAGUCACUUUCAUGUGAUGGUAAAGUGGUUGUUAUAACUGAUGGUGUAAUUUUUAUUAACGUUUAUUGUAUUAUACUGAUUGCAUAUGUGGCUCUGAAGUGUUAGUAUUUGUUUGCUACUCGCACAAGA